AGGGAGGGAAGGAGAGACAGCACUGCAGACUCAGUCAGAUGGGGGGGAAGAGGUGGGAGGACAGACAGAAGUUUGACAUACUUAAGACAAAAGACCACCGCAACUGGGAGUUCAGUUGUUUUUAGCCGCCAAGGACGGAGCAUCUCUGUGGUACUACUCCAUCACAACGGCACAGGAAUUUGAUGCCACUUGUGGGAAAGAAAACAGAGACUCUGAGACGUAAUCAGCUCCACUGACAACUCUGGAUAGGGAGGAGAAGAACCAGCAGGAGAGCAGAACUGCAGGAAACCAACAUACCACCACAAACUAGAUAAGGCUUUAGGAGGGAACCUCCAAAAACACACCAGAACUCCAGAAAAUUCACACAAGGGAAGGAGGGGAGAGUAACCCUGUUUGCUGGAGGGAUAAAAAGAAAAACUUUGUUGAACGUGCGAGGGGAGGACUGACUGGACUGAAGUUGUCUCAAGAAGCGAGAAAAGCAGCAACAAUCUGGAGGACGAACAGCAAGAGGUCCACCUAGCCCCACAGCACCAUUUCACUAUGAGUAUGACUGGUACUCUAGAGAAGGGGGCCCACCAUCAGGCCUUGGACCUGUCUGAGGAACUGCCACCUCAUCAUCACCAGAUUCAUCAUCAGAUGAAUCAUCACCAACAUCUUCACCACUCCAACUCUUUGGCCUCCACCACCGCUGUGGGCGGAGGCAGAGAAACGCCUUCACGUGUGGUCGUACCUCCUCCUUAUUCUGCAGCCGAGAGCGGUGGUGGGGGCAGCGAUGCGCCUCUGGAGCUGCGGGGGUCUCUGGAUUGCUGGGCCUGCUCGGUGCUGGUGACAGCUCAGAACCUGGUUAUUGCCACGAUCAACACCUGCCUCGCUGGACUGGUGUUUGGGACCAUCCUAUUGCCCGCCAUUGUCAUGGUGGUGUUUGGCUUCCUGUGCCACUCUACAGUCCGCCCUCAUGGGACGACCCCAUACUGCUCAGACCUGCUGACUGACGGAGGCUGCGUGGCUCUGCUGGUGGUGGGCUUCCUCCUGGUCACCCCUCUGCUGGUCCUGGCGCUGGCUGCAUACUGCCGUCUGGCCCGACACCUCCAGCUGGGCCUGUGCUUCAUCCCGUACAGCCGGGCCGUGUACAAGAACAUGCCAGCCACCCAGCACCGUGGACUGGGCACUGGCUGCUGCGGGGGCAGAGAUGGAGUCGAUGGUAGUGGAAAGGCAAAGGUCUGGGUGUGAGAUGAAGGUCAGAGAAAUGGGGAGAGGGAGGUGGGGAAGACCGUUAGAUGAAGAGUAUGAAGGGAAUUGAACAAGACAACAGAGUGCUGGUGUGUGUGUGGGGGGGUUGUAUCACUAAGAAAAGGCCAUGGAUGUAAGAGCAGUAAAGGAGAUCAGAGAAGGGAGGAAGUUGUAAAAGGCAAUUACAAUAAUGACCAACUUCCUGAAAGACAAGUUACAUUGUUUUAAAUACUGACUUAUGACUGUUACUCCUCAUGACUUCACUUAAAAAAAUAAGAACAUGAUGUACUUUGUGUUGGUUGGUUUUAUUCCACUGGACACUAGCUGUUAAUGGAACUUUCCCGUUACGACGUGCUGUCUUUGAGUACUGACCAGGAGACCGAGUGCAACUCUACAAGACAACUACUGCAAAUACUGUAAACAAUUAUAGAAAUAAAACAUGGUAACUAAAUUGAAGAAUUAUUCAAGUCAGUGAAUAUAACAAACAUUAAUCUAAUCAGACUUGUAUACAACCUUAACUGUCCUUGAUCAGGAAAACUGAAAACAGCACAGAAAGAAAGCUUGUACUGACACUAAACAAUAAUUGUAUCUCAUCACAUUUAUGUUAUGACAAACAAAUCUGUUUAAUGUAGUUUUCUGAUGAGUUGUUACAAACUGUGACCUCUUGUGUUAUUUGCUUUUUAUAAAUAAAAUGUUUUGGAUUCAGCCGAAGUCGUGUCUGUCCUGUUAUUGGCAUGAGGUGAGAUGGGUUGAGUCUACUACCGGGAAAAAGGAAAUUAUUGUGUACGAUUGUUCCUAGUCAGAGAGCGAACGCUGGUCUCAGCAGCAGCCAAAACUACUGCAAAUGGUACACACAGUUCAAACACACUUCUGGGUGCCACCAGAGAUGAACGGCAGACUGAUGUCCAUGAACUGUUUCCG